CCCCAAAGGAGCCAAGCCACAGGGGAGCAUGGAGCUGCUGUCCACGCCCCACAGCAUCGAGGUCAACAACAUCACCUGUGACUCCUUCCGCAUCUCCUGGGCCAUGGAGAACAGUGACCUGGAGAGGGUCACCCAUUACUUCAUUGACCUUAACAAGAAGGAGAAUAAGAACUCCAACAAGUUCAAGCACCGGGAUGUCCCCACCAAGCUUGUGGCCAAGGCCGUGCCACUGCCCAUGACAGUGAGAGGCCACUGGUUCCUGAGCCCCCGCACAGAGUACAGCGUGGCCGUGCAGACCGCCGUAAAGCAGAGUGAUGGAGAGUACCUGGUGUCGGGCUGGAGUGAGACAGUCGAGUUCUGCACUGGGGACUAUGCCAAGGAACACCUGGCCCAGCUGCAGGAGAAGGCUGAACAGAUCGCAGGCCGCAUGCUCCGCUUCUCUGUCUUCUACCGCAACCACCACAAGGAGUACUUCCAGCAUGCCAGGACCCACUGCGGGAACAUGCUGCAGCCCUACCUGAAGGACAACAGCGGCAGCCAUGGCUCUCCAACCAGUGGCAUGCUCCACGGCGUCUUCUUCAGCUGCAACACAGAGUUCAACACAGGCCAGCCGCCUCAGGACUCCCCCUACGGCCGCUGGCGCUUCCAGAUCCCUGCCCAGCGCCUUUUCAACCCCAGCACCAACCUCUACUUUGCAGACUUCUACUGUAUGUACACAGCUUACCACUACGCCAUCCUGGUGCUGGCCCCCAAGGGCUCCCUGGGGGACCGCUUCUGCCGUGACCGCCUGCCCCUCCUGGACAUUGCCUGCAACAAGUUCCUGACCUGCAGCGUGGAGGAUGGGGAGCUGAUCUUCCGCCAUGCCCAGGACCUCAUCCUGGAGAUCAUCUAUACCGAGCCCGUCGACCUGUCCCUGGGCACCUUGGGGGAGAUCAGCGGGCACCAGCUCAUGAGCCUGUCCACUGCUGACGCCAAGAAAGACCCCAGCUGCAAAACCUGCAACAUCAGCGUGGGCCGCUAG